AGAGUUUUGCUACAAAGGUCUUGUCGAACAGCUCCAAAGCCAUGACUUCUCUUACAACCAAAGAUAUAGAAACAGUAGUUGCACGAGCUGUUGAGUCAGAAGUGAAAAUUGUCGAUCAUAGUUUGGAACCUUUUGCCAAGUUGAAAACGGGUUGCCUGGGUGGACAUCUUUUGCUCACAAUACGAUUCAAACGUGGAUCCAAUAACCGUGAAGAGAGUCAGACUUUCUUUGUCAAAACUAUACCAGAUUCUCAAGUUAUCUUGGAUACUUUCAUGGAUGACAGUAUGUUUGCCGAUGAAGCUAAUUUUUACGAGAACAUCGCGCCUCUGUUAAUAAAGGAGUACAACGGUGACGGAUGGUCUCCUAAAUGUUACUUGGUCAACAGUAACGCACUCGUCUUCGAAGAUCUGCGAAUUCAAGGAUACGCUAUUUCACUUGACCACUAUCUGGACGAAAGUCUGUUGAAAGCAGCGCUGACGAGUCUCGCACACUUUCACGCUUCAACGAUGCUUGCAGAACAUCGACUGGGCAAAACUCUUAGAGAAAUAUUUCCUAACGCUUUUGUAGAAAAACUUUUCGCCAAUCAUGGAAAGUUUGCGAAAAAUAUACCAGUGGGCUUCGAUGCCAUUAAAAAGAUGAUUGAAAAAUUUGGCAUGGACUCAAGCCUCGUGCCGAAAAUGAAAGAUCGAAUAUGGGAAUUCACAAAAAUGCGGAAAGGUAAAUUUAACGUGUUGUGUCAUGGUGAUCUCUGGUUGAACAAUCUAAUGUUUAAAAAUCACGGCAGCGUAAAAUGUUUUAUGGUUGACUAUCAGUUUUUGAGAUAUACCUCGCCAUUCGUCGACGUCAGUAUGUUAAUUUAUUUACACACUACACCAGAAUAUCGAAAAAAAUCAGAGCUAGAUCUUGUUGAACAUUACUACUGGGUUCUACACGAUACUCUGCUGCAAGGUAGUGUUAAACCACCUAUUCCAUCAUACGAAAGUAUGUUAAGAGACUACAAAGAUUAUAGAUUGAUUGGAAUGAUUCUUGGUUUACUGUAUCUUCCUGGAUUGUAUUUACCAUCAGAUGUUUUAGAAGAAAUUCAUAACAAUCCAGAGGAAAUGAAAAAUUGGUUUAUGGGUGAUAGAUACGGCGUGAUAGGAUUUCAUUUGGACACAGUACCAACUUACGAGAAAAAAUUGAAGAGCAUGGUAGUCGAACUAAUGGAAGAAGCCAAGAUAGUAUUCGAUGCGAGAUCUGUUUAAAUUACUGUACUAUAAUUUAGAAAAAAAAAAUCAUAUUUUGUAACGCAAACGAUUUUUAACAUUAAAUAAAUAGUGAAUAAUAUAUUCGAUCAUAUUACUAUCCUA